AUGAGUGAUAUUUCUCAUGUCAACAGUGGCUACAAGCGAAAGAAGAGUGAGGGCCACCAAGUCAUGCAGAACCUGGAGGCAUCCAGCCUUGCUAUCAUCAAGACUGCUGAGGAUUCUAAGGAUAUUUCUGGUGCUGCUAAGAAGGACGGUAAUAGUAGUGACAAUGGUUCUCCUCCGACGAAGAAGAAGAAGCGCACCCACAAGCCUCGCAAGGUUAUCAAGGGCCAACCUCGUGAGACCCCUUGCGUAAGAUGCAUUUCGAGAAUGGCCGAUAAAGGCCACGAACACGUUUGUUUCUCUCAAGCUUCCACGAUGGCGUCCGCCUGCUACGACUGCGCCCAUAUACGCAGUAGCUGCAAAGUUCCCGUGGGUCAAGCUGCUGAACUUGGACAGCAGCUCCAGAACUUUGCCCUCCACAUCGCUGACAGCCAAAGCGCCGAUGAAAGAGCUACACAGGUCGAAUGGCUUCAGAGAGCCAAGGCUGCUAAGGCAUCUCUCACCGCGAUCCAGGAGAUGCCUAGUGCUGCUCCUAAUCAAGGAUCGCAGAGUUCCUCUGAGGAGCUUGAUCCUGCUUCCUCUAGCAACAUGCCUCCUGUUGGUAGCAUGGAACCCUUCUCAACCGUUCCUACGCAUCCUAUCCAGUCGGGGCAGCACUACAUGGCUCCGCCCAAUGGCAUGUUUGUUCCCGGAAGCUUUGCUGCUCCUCAGUAUCCCCCGGCCGUCCAGAGCCCCCAAGUCUUGCAGAGCAUCCCAGCAGGUGGCUUCGUGAGUCCCCAGGGCCCCCUUUUCCAGGGAAUCUCUCGCCAUGGCCCAGGACCUUACUACAACCAGGCCCAUUACUUGAUAGGCCGCCUCGAGUCGACCCUGAAUCGAGUUGCCGCAGGUUUCGAAGCAAACAACAGACUCAUCCGACAAAUCCUGGCUCAAGGUGACCAGAACACCAACGCCCCCGUUGAUUUCAACAGCUAG